AUGGCUCCCGCUGCUACUUCUUUCCGCUCCCAGUCCGCCCAGGACCCUCGUGAGCAACAGCUCGAGGUGCAAGGCCAAAACCGAGUCGCCAUCUUCGACAAGCAAGGUGGACCCGUUUCCAUCAAAGAUGUCCCCAUCCAGCGCGAGCUCAAGCGCGGCGAAGCUCUCGUUCGUGUCAUCUACACUGGUGUCUGUCACACCGAUCUUCACGCCAUGCUUGGUGAUUGGCCCCUCGACAACAAGCUCCCCUUGGUUGGUGGGCAUGAAGGUGCCGGUGUCGUUGUUGCCCUCGGUGACGGAGCUGACCAGUAUGUCAAGGUCGGUGAUCGUGUCGGCAUCAAGUGGAUCGCCACAUCUUGCUUGAACUGCUCCUUCUGUAGGACUGGCGCCGAGCCUAACUGUCCUCACGCCUUGUGUUCUGGUUUCAACGUCGACGGUUCGUUCCAAAAAUACGCCGUGUCGUACGCUAACCAUCUCUCCAUCAUUCCUGAUGCUUUGCCCCUCGACCAGGCCGCACCCAUCCUUUGUGCCGGUCUCACGGUUUACAAGGCACUCAAAGAAGCUCAGCUCAUCCCCGGUCAAUUUGUCGCUAUCCCCGGUGCAGGCGGUGGACUCGGUCAUCUUGCCAUCCAGUACGCCGUAGCCGCUGGCUACCGCGUCAUCGCCAUCGACACAGGCUCAGACAAGAAACAGCUCUGCGAACAACUCGGUGCUGAAAAAUUCAUCGAUUUCAAAACCUCCAAGAACCUUGUCGACGAUAUCAAAGCGGCCACUCCGGAUGGAUUCGGUCCUCAAGCUGCUGUUGUCGCCGCUUCGGGCGGUCUGGCGUACCAACAGGCGCUGGAUUAUAUUCGUCCUCGCGGUGUGCUCGUUGCUGUCGGUCUGCCGGGUAACACGGAUAUUAAAGCUAAUGUGUUCUUUACCGUUUUCAGGUCGGUUAGGGUGGUAGGUUCGUACGUGGGCAACAGACAGGAUACUCAGGAGGCAUUGGAUAUCGCGGCGGCUGGAAAGGUCAGGACUCACUUUAAGAAACUGGGUCUGUCGCAGCUGCCAGAGGUCUACGAUGAUAUGCAGAAUGGGAAGAUUGCUGGUCGUAUUGUGUUGGAUAUUGAUCAGUAG